AAUAGAUUUUCAUAUUUAAUCUAAAAAAACGAACAUUAAAGAUAUACUAAAUGCCUUCUUUCUGUUCCUGAAUUUUAUGGGUCUCACAUGUGUGUCUCAAAUAGAUUUCAGAGGUAGAAAAUGAAUAAGAAAAAGACCGGGGUUGAAGUUCAUUUUUCAGAUAAAAUUCAGACUCAUGAAACUUUUUCAUGCGAGGAAUACGAAAGAGGAGAAACAUUGAAUCUUGAAACUAGUGACCUCACUUUAGAUGAACUGAUGAAUAUGGAUAUCCUUAACUUAAAAAUAAACAGAUCUAUCCUACUUGACUCUACCAUCAAGAAUUUCUACGAGAUAGAGGAUGAUUGCAUCAACGACUUUGGUGUCUAUAUCAGUGAAAGUAUUGGUGAACUAAGGGAAGGUGAUCUACUGAUAACAAUUCAAGAAGAAGAUUGUCUGAAUAGGAAUGCCUUAGCAAUUCUCAGCAGAUUGGAACAGAUGGGGGACACAGUUGAAGUAACUUUGGCAAGAAAAGUUAUAAAACCGACCUAGAGAAGAUAGAUUACAGUUUUGAACGUAUUUUCAUCUUUCAAAGACAUGACUGUGGUUUUAUUCCUUCCUACCCAGUACCCAUGCAGAAAUUCACCAAAUAUGAAUUGUAUCUUUUCCAAAUUCAUAAUUUAAGUCAAGCGUAGGAAUUUAUAGAUAAGAUUAAGAUUAAAUGGACUGAAUUUAGUUUUAUGAAUUAGGGCGCUUCGUGCCCAUCUUCUUUUUAAAUU